AGCUAGAGCCGUGCGUAAGGGGACUCGAUUCUGGCGCAGCGCGCCUUUGGAGAAAGUGCCAUGGGAGAGAAAGCGGCGUCCCUCCGGAGCGCGUGCCGCGAAGGUGACGUGUUUCCUCUGGUCUGCUCCAACUCUCAUCAUGCCUGGUGUCAAAUCCUCAAUGUAUCAAAGCUAGAAGCUUCUUUCUUUGCCUAUUCCGGCAGAUAUUCCAACGAAACUGAGCUGAAUGUUUCAGUACCCACAGGAAGCAAAUACAGCUUGUAUGUAGGUGUCGCCUUGGCUAUAGGCUCAAGUAUCUUUGUUGGUUCCAGCUUUAUAUUGAAAAAGAAGGGCCUUUUACAGUUGGCUGAAAAGGGGUUCACUAGAGCAGGACAGGGUGGGCACUCUUACCUGAAGGAAUGGCUGUGGUGGGCAGGGCUGCUUUCAAUGGGAAUAGGGGAAGCAGCAAACUUUGCCGCCUAUGCCUUUGCACCAGCCACCUUGGUCACCCCUUUGGGUGCACUGAGUGUUCUCAUAAGCGCCAUAUUAUCUUCCUAUUUUUUGAAUGAAGAGCUCAAUAUUCAUGGGAAGCUGGGCUGCGUAUUGAGCAUUUUGGGGUCCACUGUGAUGGUGAUUCAUGCACCUGAAGAGGAACAGGUUACAUCCUUGGAUGAAAUGGAGAUAAAGCUAAAAGACCCAGUGUUCGUUGCAUUUGCCACUAUUGUAAUUGUGAUCUCGCUGGUCCUCAUUUUUGGUGUUGCUCCAAGACUCGGCCAGAGCAAUAUACUGGUGUACAUUUCCAUUUGUUCAGUGAUUGGUGUGUUCUCAGUCUCCUCUGUCAAGGGUCUGGGCAUUGCUAUUAAAGACAUGCUUUAUCAGAAGCCCGUCUUCCGACAUCCAUUGGUUUAUAUUUUGGCAGCUGUUUUGGUGGUGUCUAUCAGUACUCAGAUUAACUACCUCAAUAAAUCACUGGAUGUGUUUCAUACUUCUCUAGUGACACCCAUUUAUUAUGUGUGCUUCACAACCAUGGUGGUGAUCUGCUCUGUCAUCCUCUUCAAGGAAUGGAAUAGCAUGGAGCUUGGCGAUAUCAUUGGGACCUUGAGUGGCUUCUUCACCAUAAUUAUAGGCAUCUUCUUCCUGCAUGCUUUUAAAAAUGUCGGCACCACCUGGAGCCAGUUGACAUCUUCUGUUAAAAAGGAGCCAAUCUUGCCUCUCCAUGGUUACGAGGCUCAUCAUACUUUAUUGGAGAAUAUGGAGGCUCCAGCCUUGACAUGUGAUGAGGAUAACACUCUGUUCAGUCGAGGAAAUGAACAAAGGGGUGGCUACCACUAAGUCAUCUUUGGAAAACCUAUAUCAAAGCACCUCUGAGUGGUACUUGGAAGGACAGAAAGUGGUUGCAAUGGUCUCCUCAAUGAUCAGAAAAGGAAAUAAUGAUUUUGUGUGUGUGCACUUCUCAUCUUUGGCAACAUAUGAACUUCAGUGACAAUUGUGGUGCUCUUGGUAAAGAGAACUGAAUUGUAUACAUAACAUAAUUUCACAGAUAGCACUUUAUGGUUUCAUUGCAUUGGGGGGAAAUAGUGGUUUUCUUGGCCAAGUUGCUGCUGUGUGUAAAAAUAUGACUUCCCCGAAUGUUGUCACCUAAGCAUAGUGGAUGUUUAUUAUUCAGAGUUUUUCAGCAAAUGUCCAAAAGGGGUGGAAAAAGUAUCUAGUUUUCAAAAUUCUUGCUUGUUGAUGAAAGAGGUCUCUCAUAUGCCAGUUAGCAAAGCACUGAAUGAACUGGUAUAGAAGCAUAUUUUCACUUACUGACAUCUUCGAAGCUUGAAUUUGUUCGCACAUGAAGGAGGCAGUAAGAGAGAUGGGGAAUCAAUUACACAUUACUGGAGAACAGACAUGAUAACCUUUUUAGUAGUUUCAGGAAAAACCUCAGGCUACAUUCCUACUUGAGCACUAAUUCCAUUUUUUCGUAAUAUGUAUGAUCAUUUUCUACAAAGUGUGCCAACUAAAGGUGACUAAAGAUAACGUAAGUUAUCUGAAAAAGAGUCCUUUACAUGCAGAGUAGAUGCCAUAGAUUAAAAUUUAUUUAUUUUUGUAAGGUAUGGCAUUUGUCCAUGGUACAAUUUUUGUUUUUUACUUAAACCUUUUUUUAAACAAAAUCAGAGGAAAUACCUUAUUCGUCCGCACUCUUAUUUACCCAGUGUUAACCUACUUUUUGAAAUGAGCAAGCAUUGUAUGUUAAAAUGUUUAUCAGAGAAGCAUACUUUUAUGUGCAGGGAAGUCUUUAAUGUCAUUCAAGAUUUUUUGUGUGUACAAACAUUUUGACUUGAUACAUUUGAAUAAAACUUAUUUUUAAGAUGCUAACUUUUGAUAUAAAGAUUUUAAGUUUGAUACUAUGAUGUCCAAACAAGGGGGGGGCAUUAUAUUGUUUCAAUAAAAUGUGUUUGUGCCCA